AGAAUGUAUAAUAAAAAUUACAAGUUAAAGCAUGUGCUAAAGGGAAUAGAGCUUUUAUUUAGAAAUAGAUUGAGAACUCCUUUAUUGACAAAUGUCCCCUCAAUAUCAAUAAAUGGAUAAAUUGAGAAAUUGUAAGUAGAUUUUGGAUAAAGAAUUUGUUCUAAUGUGGAUUUAUCAACUUUAUUGUAAAGACAUUAAAUGGAAUUGAACUGA